UUAUCUUCCAUAUACCUAAUUUAUGUAUAUUUUUCUUGAUAAGAUUAAGAAACACCACUGAUUGCCAGUUUAUAAAGUGAAUUAUUUAUGUUAUUGUAGAUAGUCAAGUAAGGAGCAAGAAAAAUUUUUUCAAAUAGUGGAAGUUAAGUGGACAAUUACUACAGCCUAUUUCGAAGAAUCUUAUUUCGAAAAUAUGGGUACCGUGGCUUUUAAACUAACAACGCCGCUGCAGGAGAGUGUAACGAAGUUUUUAGAUCGGAAACGUAAGCGACCUAUGGAGCCAACAGACGGGAGUGAUGAUAAAGAUCUGGAGCUAGAAGUGCCAAAAAAGAAGAAACUGCUAAGUACUGCGAAGUAUAUUUAUAAAACUUUGUUUGAAGGACAGGCAAAUUCUGACAUUACUGUUAUGGCUCUGGGGAGAACGUGGCGGCUGCAUAAACUUUAUUUAAGUCAAAGUCCGUACUUCCAGAGUAUGUUUAGUGGAUCUUGGAUGGAGUCCACACAGGAUUUCGUCAACAUUCAAAUUUUAGACAAACGCAUAACUGUAACAGCACUGGAUGAGGUUUUUGGUUCACUUUACUCGGACGAUAUUAAAAUAGAAGUAGACAAUGUGGUAGGAAUAUUGGCCACAGCAACGUUAUUUCAUUUGGAAAGCAUAAUAGAAAAGUGUUCUGAAGUUAUGUUGGAGUCGAUAAAUGCAAAAAGUGCUGUGGAGUAUUAUGAUAUUGGUUGCGCUUAUGGUUGUUUGAAUGCUAAGAAGGCUGCAUUCGAUUGGCUAGAGAAGAACAUGCUAAGUGUCUAUCCUAAACAUUUUAAACUUUUACGCAGUAUUAGCAUUAAUUUAAUGACGGAGCUUGUUUCGAGUCCUGAUCUAUACGCAAUGCAAACAGAAUUUUCAAUUUACACUUUGUUGCGUACUUGGGCAUAUUUACGUUUACAUCCACAUUUCUUAAAUCAAGCCGAUGAAACGAAAAGCUUACAAAAUAUGACAGUUAAAGAAUCGAUUGACACAUCAAAAGAAACACCAGAACAACAGGGUGUACGCAUUGAGACAAACCGUGUUUGCCAAAUACUUUGUCAAGAAAUUCUCAUUUAUGUUACAGCUGCACAUCUAUAA